AUGGAGAUUUGGGUGUAUAAAUACAGGGCAGAGGCAGAGGAGAAGGCAGCUCAGACUCAACUGGCUCUUCAAACCGAGCAGGAACGCUCUGACACUACAGCUAUGGCACCCACUGUUUUUGGACAAGCAAGUUAUCCCAAGGAACACCUGACUCCUGCACACAAGCUGAGAAAACCAAUGGUGGAGAAAUUGCGCAGAGACCGCAUCAACACCAGCAUCGAGCAGCUGAAAUCCCUGCUGGGUCCUGAGUUCCUCAGGCAGCAGCCCGACUCUAAGCAGGAGAAGGCGGACAUCUUGGAGAUGGCCGUGUCCUAUCUGAGAAGCUGGCAGCAGCAGAAGCAGCAGCAGCAGCAGGCCAGCUUGACCUCUGGCCUGAUGACAGGCAGUGACGGCUACUCCCGCUGCGUGCAGGAGGCCGUCAGCUUCCUGUCCCACUGCGAGGUCCAGACUCAGGCCCACCGCCGGCUGCUCAGCCACUUCCAGGGCCUGCAGGCGUCCAGCCACGGUCCCUCCACACCCUCCCCUCCUGGCUCACCCCUCCAUCAGCUCAGCUCCAGCAAGGGUGUGAGUCAGGCCAGCAGCGCUCUGUGGAGGCCCUGGUAGGAUGGAGGCAGCAUC